AUGGAUAUCAAAACUGAGUGGCUGUCCCGCCUGUCCAAUUAUUGGGAGCAAUACAGCCUAAAGGGUCUCCUGAGGAAUCACAGGCAGUGCUCCGGAGGGCAUCGGGUGCCCAACGUGUCGUGUCGGCGAGACUUCCUGGGGGCCGCGGCAGUGGGGAGCAGGGCCGGCGCGGAAGGGGGCGUGGCGUGGAGCGGCGGCGGCGGCGGCGGCGGCAGCAGUGAGGCGACCGCAGUGCCAGCCUUGACCGAGCCGCAGGCGGGUGCGCCGGCUACUCGCUCGUGCUCCGACCACUUCGUCACAGAGGCUCUCGCGGACGUGACACCGGACAGCGCACGGCGGCAGUGGGCAGCGCGUCAGCUGAGCACAGCAGCUGCAGCCGAGAUGGAGGCCGCGGGCGGCGCGAGCGUGGGGGCGGGGCCGGGCGCUGGCGCGCUGGGGGCGGGGCCGUGCCCGGGGCUGGACGUGCUGCUGGCAGCCUACGAGGAGGCGGGCUACCCGCCGCUGCAGGACCCUUCACGGGAGUGCCACCCGUGCAAAGAGCACGAGCUGCAGCGCCACAGCGGAAAUUCUAAAGACAUUUUUGCUGAAAACCGUCAGAAGAAGAGAGGCACGAGUUCUGCCUUCCGCGCUGGGCAUUGA